UGUCUGUGGAUAGGUUAGAGCUGCAGUUUUUUGUGCGUUUUUCGAAUUUUGUAAUGUCCAUUUUUCAGAAAUUUGUUAUGCCACUGCCCGAUGAGGGCAAGUGCCAUAUUUGCAAGAGGAUUUUCUGUUGCGGCAAGUGCCGGCAGAAGCAUCAGUUCAACACCCACGCCAUUGCUGUGCGGGAAUCGUUGGCUCUGCCAGCGAGCAACUCCUCCGGGGAGUCCUCCUCGUCGUCGUCCACAUCCUCGACUUCCUCCGCUGGUGGAAUCAUCGAGCAUCGCCUUGAAAUGGAGCCGGGAGUGACCACCAUUUAUGUGUUUUGUCCGAUUUGCGAGCGACGGCCACUGUUGCUACGCGAGGAGAUGCACGGCGAGCUACUGGCCCACAUCGAGGCCUGUCACCUGCCGUUGCGAUGCCGGAAAUGCCAGCGGAACUACACCCGGAUCGAUGACCUGCGAGAGUUCAGUAAGUGUGCCGAUCAGCAACAGGAUUGCUCGGGAUCUAGUGAUCUCACCUGCGAUACAGAAGCCUCAAAGAUCACCGUGAAGAAGGCACCGGCCAUUGUCUAUAGCACCACCAUGUCCACACAAACCUCGCCGGUCGUGACGCCCAUAUCUCUGUUUAACAUGCGCUGGAAGGCCAAACGGAGCAUCACCCAUGAGGAGUACAUCAGCGACAGUGUCUCCUCCAUAAGGAAUCUCUCCUCGAUUAGCAACAGUUCCAUACGCCGAUCCAUCGGCCAGAUGGGUGGUAUUUCCGAUAAGGGAAAGCUCAUCCGUACCACGUCCACUCCACUCCAGGUGGAGUCCAUGUUUGCCAAGCCCAAGGAGCCCAUAACAUUUAACGCUUCCGGCGGAGGCUAUGUCUCGAGUAUUUACCACGAAGAACCGAGUCCAGCAAUCGAGCCCACUCCUCACCAGCAUCAUCAGCACCAGCAGCAGCAACAGCCGCUGCAGCAAAGGGCCUGGAAGAUGGGGGCGCGCAGCAAGAUGAGUGCCGUGACGCCGUUGCGGCAGGUCAUGUCGAAGAGCAUACAGAAGGCGUUCGUGGAGCACGGCGGAAUGUUGGGGCAGCGCAGAGUGCGUUUGGAUCUCAGCGAUCACAAUAAUUACUCCACGAACGAGCAGGUGGGUGGAGCAGGAGCAGGAGCGGGAGCUGGAGCUGGAGCUGGAGCUGGAGCAGGUGGUGCUGCAUCCUCCGCCUUGGAUUUGCGCCUGUCCCCAGCCAUGCGACGCACUCAGAGCGAGACCAGCUCCACGUCGGUGCAUGUGUCACAGUCCUCGCAGGCCCAACAGCACACCAGACAGAUCCUGCUCUCGGCCCAGAAAUUGACCACCGAAUCCAUCAUCAUCACCCGAGAGAGCUCAUCCACGGUUUAUAACACCUGCGAGAGCGUGGAGAUCAUACGUUCCACAUCCGAAUCGUCCGAAAUCCAUGUGCCACCACCAGGGACACCCAUUCGGGUGUCGGCGGGAACUGGAAUAAACAAGAAACAGAUUAAAUUCGAGACACCGGGGCCGAAGGAUAACAAGGAAAACGAGGAGGAGAGCAGGGAGGACUUCUUUACCCCGAAUCCGGGAACACCGCCAGAGCGUCCAGAACGGCGGCGCCAGGCGAUAGUGCCGCGCCAGCUAAGCGGUGAGUUCUCUCCCAAGAAGGAGACAGAAGCCAAAAAAGACCUGGUCGUGGCCAGACCCAAGCCGCGUCCUCCGUUGCGGGAAUGUCGUCAGGCGAAGACCUUUAGCGGCGUCCAGGAUAUGCCAGCCGAACCCGAUGACGACGAGGAUGAGGUCUUCCUGCCCACCAAUGCAUCCACGCGAAAGGAAAAGAAACCGGAGCCGGGAACCGGUAGUAUUUGGUCCCUGAUGAGUUCCAUGAUACGGCUGCCGGCCAGCCUGCGCGGCGACAAGGAUGCCAACAAAGAGAACGCCAGUGGUUCCCUGAUCCGACGCUGUGCCUCCAUUGCUGGAUCUCUGGUGCGUCCGUCGCGAGGCGAUUCCAUCGACAAGGAUGAGGAUGUACAGAGUCUGAAGCGCAAGCGCACCCAAACGCUGGACAAUCAAUACUGCAGUCCACGGUCGCCGUCCAGUUCCUGCAAGCGCUAUCGCAUCCGACCCCGGGAACCCAUAGAGCGUAUGCGCAAUACCUAGAUUUUAAACUAAUUAAGUGUAAUUUUUGUGAUUUUUUUUUCAAUAAAUGCUUUGUCGUCUGGAAGAUGCCGUUA